GAGUGAAGAGAACACAUAUUUGAGCAAAAAUGACAACAUCUUUCCCCAUGAAUGCUGGUGAUGGUGUUUACAGCUACUCCAAAAACUCCCAUUUGCAGAAAGAAAUGAUAGAUGGUGCAAAGGAGAUGGUGAGACAUGCAAUUAUUCGAAAGCUUAACAUCAAGAUUAUAUUAUCUUUUCCAAACACAUUACGUAUUGCAGAGUUGGGAUGCUCUGUUGGACCAAAUACGUUUAGUGCAAUACAAUAUAAUGUAGAAGCUCUAAAGGACAAGUAUUUAUUAUACCAAGACCAAGUCAUAAAUUUUACUAAUAAUAUUCCUGAAUUUCAAAUAUUUUUCAACGAUCAUGUCACUAAUGAUUUCAAUAUCCUCUUUCAAUCACUACCCUUUGAUCGAUCCUACUAUGCAUAUGGAAUUCCAGGAUCUUUUUAUGGUAGGUUAUUCCCAUCGCGAUCUAUGCAUUUUGUACAUUCUUCUUCUGUUAUAAAUUGGUUAUCCAAGAUUCCAAAAGAAUUGGUAGAUGAGAAAUCCCCAGCAUGGAAUAAGGGAUUGAUUCACUAUGUUGGUGCAUCAAAUGUUGAAGUAGUGAAUGCUUAUUUUGCUCAAUUUGAAAAGGACAUGGAAAUAUUCUUUAAUGUAAGAGCUGAGGAGAUUGUUCAAGAAGGAAUGAUGGUGCUUAUCACAACAUUUUCGGGUUAUAUGCGCCUCAUGAGAUUUUUUGGUUCUAGUCUUAUGGAUUUGGUGAACAAGGGAAAGUUAGAUGAGUCUUUAGUUGACUCAUUCAAUUUGCCAAUGUAUUUUCCAUCUGUUGAAGACAUGACUAAAGUGGUGGAGAAAAAUGAUUGUUUUAGCAUUGAGAAAAUAGAGUUAACUUAUCCUCAAUCAAAGCUUGUGGAUGAGGCUGAUGCAAAGACUUUAAUGAUAUAUAGAGCUGUUUUAGGACUUUUAAUCAAUCAUUUUGGAAGUGAAAUAGCAAAAGAGGCUUGUGAAAGGACUAUACUCAAAAGUGAAGAAAUUUCAGCAUGGAUGAAAGCUAAUUAUGAAAAAUCAUGUCAAUUAUUUGUCGCUUUGAAGCGUAAAUGA